AUGCACAUCAAGCAGGUCAUCGUCGAGGGGUUCAAGACGUACCGGGAGCAGACCGCCGCCGACUUCGAGCCCCAUCUCAACUGCAUCGUCGGCGCGAAUGGUUCGGGUAAGUCCAACCUGUUCCACGCCAUCCGAUUCGUCCUCGCCGACAUCUUCGGCUCCACCCGCGCGGAGGAGCGCCAGAAGCUCCUGCACGAGGGCGCCGGGCACGCGGUCAUGUCCGCGUACGCCGAGAUCGUCUUCGACAACUCCGACAACCGCCUCCCGGUGGACCGCGAGGAGGUCCGCCUGAGGCGCACGAUCGGGCUCAAGAAGGACGAGUACUACCUCGACCGCAAGCACAUCACCAAGGCGGAGGUCAUCAACCUGCUGGAGUCCGCGGGGUUCAGCAGGACCAACCCGUACUACUGCGUCAAGCAGGGCGAGAUCAUGAAGAUGGCCACCAUGCACGACGAGGAGCGGCUCGCGUUACUGAAAGAGAUCGGCGGCACGUCCGUGUACGAGGAUAAGAAGCGGGAGUCGCUCAAGGUGAUGGACGACACCAAGAGCCGCAGGGACCAGAUCCAGGAGACCGUGGAGUUUAUCGAGCAGCGCCUGGGCGAGCUCGACGCCGAGAAGGACGAACUCCAAAAGUACCUGGAGCACGACCGAACCAAGCGCUCCCUCGAGUACACCAUCUACGAGAAGGACCUCAGCGAAACGCGCGCCAAGCUGGACGAGGUCGAGGAGCGCAGGCGCUCGUACGUCGAACGCGCCAAGGAGGAGGACGACCGCGCGCACAGGGCGCACGACGAGAUUCGAGCCGCCGAGCGAGAGUGCAAGGAUAAGGAACGCGCGGUGACAGCCGCCAAAGAAGAGCUUCGCGUCGCGGACCUCGAACUCCGUCGGUGCGUCGAGAAGCGCACCAGCGCGGAGCUCGACGUGACGGAGCUUCGUGAGCGGGCGCAGGCUGGCGAGGAGAGGCUCGCGGGCGUCGCGGGCGAUCGCGUCGCGCUCGAUCGAGCCGUCGCCGAGACUCGCGCCAAGAUCGACGCCGUCAAGCCCAAGGUGGCGACGGCGACUGCGCGCGAAGAAACGGCCGAGUCGGAGAUUGGGGAGGUGAACCGCCGUUUGCAGGUGCUGCACCAGAGGCAGGGCAGGGGUGCGCAGUUCAAGACGAAGAAGGAGAGGGACGAGUGGCUCGGCUCGCAGGUGGCCGACGCCGACGCCACCGCCGAUCGCAAACGCGAGGAGGUGGCCAUCCUCGAGGACGACGUGAAGGAGCUCGCGAAGACCAUCGCCGCCGAGCGCGAGGACGAGGGCAGGCUCAAGAAGAAGCUCGCGGCGGAGGAGGCGGCGCUCGCGGAGUCCGAGGGCGAAUACCAGGAGAAGCUCGCGACGAGAAACGCGGCGCAGGAUGAGCGCAAGGAGCUUCAGCGCCGCGACGCCGAGCUCGACGCCGAGCUGGCGACCAAGACCGAGGAGGUGAAGCGACGCGAUAAGCACCUGGAGUUCACCAUGCCCCGCGAACUGUUUCGCGGACUCGCCGCGGUGCAGAGGAUCGUCAAGGACCACAGCAUCGCGGGCGUGCACGGCCCGCUGAUCGAGCUCAUGGAGUGCGACGAGCGGUUUUUCGCCGCGGUGGAAGCCGCCGCCGCGAACCAGCUGUUCAACGUCGUCGUGGACGAUGACGACGUGGCGUCCAAGAUAAUCUCGUACCUGAACAAGGAGAAGGGCGGUCGCGUAACCUUCCUGCCCCUGAACAGGCUGCAGACCAGGAACCGCGAGUACCCGGAUUCCCAGGACGUCUUCCCCAUGCUGAGCAAGAUUCGCCACGACGACAAGAUUCGACCCGCGAUGGAUAAGGUUUUCGGGAACGUCCUCAUCUGCCGCAACAUCGACGUCGCGGUCAAGUACGCGGGCAGCACUAACCUCGACUGCGUGACCAUGGACGGCGACGCGGUGUCCAACCGCGGAGCCAUCAGCGGUGGCUACCAGGACGCCGGACGGUCGCGGCUGAUCAACAUGAAGAUGCUUCGCGAGACGCAGCGAAUCCGCUCUGAGCUCCGCAAGGAGAGCGUCGCGGUGAAGGACAAGCUUCAGGCGGCGGAGCAGGCGGUCACCGCCGUGCUCGGCGACAUCCAGCGCAUGGAUUCGCAGCGCAGGCACCGUCAGCAGGGCGUCGACCGGCUCAAGACGGACAUCAAGGACUGCGGCUACGCGGCGACCAGAGCCGAGGAAUCGCUGGGCGCCAAGGAGAAGACGGCUUCCGCGAUCCGGGUGACGAUCACCGACCUCGAGGCUCGUGCGUCCGACCUGAGGGCCGAGAUGGCGACCGAUCUCAACGCCAAGCUGACGGCGUCGGAGGUGAGGGAACUCGGCGAGCUGAACCCGCGGUUGGACGCGCUGAAGGAGGAGCGCCUGGCGGCUUCAGCGGCGAGGUUAUCCGCGCAAGCUGAGCUCGGCGAGUUGACGGCGACUCUCGAGUCGAACCUCGAGCGCAGGCAGCGGCAGAUCGAGGCGACCACCACCGAGGUGGACAUCAGCGGCGUGGAGGCGGAUCUGGCCAGGGCGGAGGCUGAGGCGGCGGCGGCGGCGGCGAACGAGGCUGAGGCGUCUGCGUUUCACACGGAGCUCGCGGCGAAGCUGGCGGCGGCUGCGUCCGCCGUGGAGGAGUGCAAGGCGACGCUGGAACGUCUCCGCGGCGAGGCGGAGGACGCCAAGGCGGGGUUGGCGGACGACGAGCGCGAGAUGGAGGGGCUGAUGAGCAAAAAGGCUACGCUCCAGACCAAGCGCGAGGGUUUGCAGCGCAAGAUUCGCGACCUCGGCUCGCUCCCCGGCGACGCGUUUGAAAAAUACCGCGGCAAGGCGCUCAAAACCCUGCACUCCAUGCUCAGCAAGACCAACGAGGAGCUCGCCAAGUUAUCUCACGUCAACAAAAAGGCUCUGGACCAGUACCAGCAGUUCACCGAGCAGCGCGAGGGCCUGGAGGCUCGCAGGGGCGAGCUCGACAAGGCGCACGCCAAGAUCAAGGAGCUGAUGUCCUUCCUGGACCAGAAGAAGGACGAGUCCAUCGAGCGAACGUUCAAGCAGGUUUCCCUCAAUUUCCGCGAGGUGUUCGCGCGGUUGGUGCACGGCGGUAAGGGCGAGCUCGUGAUGCAGCGCAAGAAGACGCUGCCCGCGCCCGACGCCGAGAACGCCGACCCCGGCGCAGCCGCCAACGGAGGAGCCGAGAAGUCGUCGUCGUCGGUUGCUAAGGGUUUCGCGGAGAAGUACAGCGGCGUCAAGAUCAAGGUGUCCUUCGGGCAGGGCGAGACGAUGCAGAUGAAGCAGCUCUCCGGCGGCCAGAAGACCGUCGUCGCCGUCGCCCUCAUCUUCGCCAUCCAGCGGUGCGACCCCAUGCCCUUUUACCUCUUUGACGAGAUCGACGCGGCCUUGGAUCCUCAGUACCGCACCGCCGUCGCGGCCAUGGUUCGCGUUCAGGCGGACGCGGGCACGCAGUUCGUCACCACCACGUUCAGGCCCGAGCUCGUCAAAGUGGCCAGGGUGAUCCAGGGCGUGGAACACUCGCACAAGGUGAGCAAGGUGAGGGAGCUCACGUUGGCCGAGGCGCUCAACUUUGUCGGCGACUUUCCCAUUGGCCAGGAGGGCAAGCGGGGCAAGCGGAGGAAGGACGUCGAGGACGAGGAGGACGAGGAGGACGAGGACGAGGAGGACGAGGAGGACGAGGAGGACGAGGAGUGA